AGUCGAAUUAACUGCUUAAAUUAAACGCAGGUUUAACCAAUAAUUUAUUUUGUUGUUACCGUUCAGUUCGACAAAAACAAACUUGCAAAGUGUAUCGUGUGAAAUCGGUGUGAGUUUUUUGUGUGAAGUUAUAAAUUUAUUUGGUUCACGAUCAGUGCUUAGAAACUAUCCUGUAUUGUUCUGCUGGUGGCGCAUUCCUCGGACUAACCUCGACGGACCGGUUAUUUAAGCAGUCACAAUGUUGCCGAGGAAAAGAAAUAUGAUGCUGCUCAGCAUUCUAGUCUUGAUGUCUAUCCACCAGACCGAACAGUAUGGCUCCGGAGCUCCUUCAGGGGCGUGUAUAGAUCAAACGCCGCGACAUGAGUCCAUCCAAGCUCAGUCCUCAACUCCUCCCUACGUCAUCGUGACAUCGACAGCCCAAGUGAGGCAGGGAGACACUCUUCAAGUGACUGUCGGCAGCCCUGCAGGAGCUCCGCUGCCCAUCGGGGGAUUCAUCUUACAAGCUCGACAGAUACAGAACCCAGAUGUAAUAGUGGGCAAGUUUGUUGGCGUGCCAGACACAGCUCUGACCCACCUGGCCACCUGUAGCAACCCCAACGACACAGUCACACACUCCUCGCCCGAAGACAAACCUGCUAUGACCUUCCAGUGGCAGGCACCUACCGACUUCCUUGGGGGCAUCGAGUUCAGAGCGACCGUGGCCCAAAGUUAUGCGACAUUCUGGAAAAAUGUGGAGUCUCCUUUAGUAGAGGUUGUGACUCCUGACACAGUAACCAGUCCACCCGCUGCAGCCCCUCCUACCACUAGGGCGACGCAGCCACCGCCCGUCAUAAUGGAAAGCAAGCCAAAACAAGAAGCAGCUCCGCUCGACAUCAUCUACCAGGGCUGUGCAGACACUAAACUAUGUUUCGGAGUACCUCAGAACUGCGUUACAAAAGGCGACUGCAAAGCUGUACUAGCAAUAUUCGUGUCCGGAGAUCAAUACACAUUUGAAAUGCAGGCUGUUGGCAACCCUAAAUACGUAGCAGCUGGUCUAAGUUACGAUAACAAAAUGGGAGAUGAUAGUUCAAUGGAAUGUGUGAGGAAUGAUAAUGGCAGAGUAAAUCUCUUUACCUCCUGGACUUAUCCUAAAGUUGAUCCAUAUGUAAGUCGGUCGGACUCGCCUCAAGAGAUCGUGCAGCUUCUAGAGUCGUCUGUAAUCGAUGGCAAGUUGUACUGUAAGUUCAGAAGAGAUGCAGUGUCCGUGGUACAAGGGAAGACGUUUGAUCUCGCCAGCUCUAUGUACAACUUGAUGGUGGUUGCUGGGAGUGAAAUGAAAGAUGCGAAUCGUGUAGGUUUCCACGACUUGGCGUACGAAGCGACUGGUGAACCAAUGUCGCUGGCGACAGUUGGUACAGCGGCGGCCAGCUCCAAGCUACUCCUCAAGCUCCACGGCAGCUUCAUGCUGUUAGCUUGGCUGGGAACAGCUUCACUUGGCAUUCUGCUGGCUCGCUACUUCAGGCAGACUUGGGUCGGCAAACAAUUGGGCGGCAAGGACAUCUGGUUCGCUUACCAUCGCAUAUUCAUGGUGCUGACGUGGCUGCUGACUGUGGUCGGGUUCAUACUGAUCUUGAUCGAGGUGGGAGGCUGGUCCACCACCGGAGACAACCCUCACGCCAUCACCGGCAUCGUUACUGUUAUACUGUGCUUCAUACAGCCUAUUGGUGCAUUCUUCAGGCCGCACCCGGGCACUAAGUCGAGGCCAAUAUUCAACUGGACCCACUGGCUACUCGGGAACUCCGCACAUAUUCUAGGAAUUGUGACGAUCUUCUUCGCGGUGUAUCUGCAGAAAGCGGAGCUGCCCCCGUGGAGUGUGUACAUCCUUGCUGCUUUCGUUGCGUUCCAUGUCAUCAUGCAUCUUGUUCUCACUUUGACGGUGUGUGUAUCGGACGGGCGGAUAAGCAACGGCCGUAUCAACGCGUUCCCAAUGAAGGACAUGCUCGGACAGACACGGCAGGCCACGCAAGUCGACCGCAGUACUGACGCACCGUUCUCAAGCUUCAGACGGCUGUUGCUUGGUAUCUACACACCCAUAGUGCUGAUAUUUGCGAUCGCUAUGGUCUGCCUAGUGGCCCUCGCUCCCAUCACAGAAGUUUACGACACAAUCAUGGGUGCUUGAAUAUAAAUAGAAUAACAACCAAACGAUAUUGU